AGCGUUAAGAUAGGUUGCGUCACCGCACACAGUCUCCCCACCAAGUACAAUUUGACAGUUUCUCAGGUGAGGAGUCACGCUACAGGAGCUCUUUCACUUUCUCUUGAGUUUCAGCGCGCGCAUCACUGUGAGCCUGGGGUUGUUUAACUCAAAAAGCUUUUACCAGAAGCCCUCACACCACGGCACCAUGAGCAAAAAGAAAAAGGAGUGGAGAGCGGAGAAAGAGCGCUUACUCAGUCUUGGACUAGAGGAUAGGCGCAAAGAUUAUCGGGGAAACUAUGUGACAUUGGACAAGAUACCCACCUGGGCAAAUCAUGACAAUAAUACAGCUACUGAGGAAGAAGAACAUCAGUCUUUCUCCUUGGCUGACAAAGUGACUCUGUACAAAGGUGACAUCACCAUCCUGGAGGUUGAUGCCGUAGUGAAUGCUGCAAACUCUUCUCUGCUCGGUGGUGGAGGAGUGGAUGGCUGCAUACACAGAGCCGCGGGUCAUCUCCUGUAUGAAGAGUGCCACUCGUUAAAUGGCUGUGACACUGGAAAAGCCAAGAUCACCUGUGGCUACGACCUCCCCGCUAAAUAUGUGAUCCAUACUGUCGGCCCAAUCGCCAGAGGAAAUCUUGGCCAGUCCCAAAAAGAUGACCUUGAAUCAUGCUACACAACCUCCCUCAAGCUGAUGAAGGACAAUAACUUGAGAUCUGUGGCGUUUCCAUGCAUAUCGACAGGAAUUUAUGGUUUUCCCAAUGAGCCGGCAGCAGAAAUCGCCCUGAAGACUGUGCAUGACUGGAUUGUGAGCAACCAAGAUGAGAUCGACCGUGUCAUAUUCUGCGUCUUUCUGGAGACAGAUUAUGAGAUUUACAAGAGGAAGAUGUCAGAUUUCUUCUCCCCAGAUAAUGACGACCAUAAGAAAGAAGACGAUGCCAGAGUGGAGCAGGGUAACACGCAGCCCAUGGAAGGAGGGGAAGAAGAUGACGAUGAUGAUGCUGAUAAAAAAGAUGAAAGUAUGAUGAGCCAGACAGAGGAAUCCCAUGUUGAUGAGACGAUGGAAAGCCAGAAGCCAGAAGCUGAGGGCCUUGAUGGCGAACCUAUGGUCCAGGAGGACAAAACACCUGCAAAGGAAGACCGUAAAGUGGAGGUGAGUCCAACAGCAAAGAAGAAACCUGAACCCGAGGCAGAAAAAGAGAAUGAGAAGAAAGAAGUCAAGGGAGAUGAUCCGCAAGUUGCAGGGGAAGAGAAAGAGAAAGAGGAUAGCCCAGGAAAGAAGAUGCUGACAGGCCAGACUGAUGAAGCGGGAAAACUGAUGGAAGAUCCUGUCACAACAGCAGCCAAGGAGAACAACACCAGCAGCACUAAAGUUGAUGUGAAAGCCCAGGACAAGAGCUCCCAAGAGCCCGACUCAACUCCAACAGAGAGCAGACCAAAUUCCCAAGACGGCCAAGGCGAUGAGAGCGCACAGGAAUGAGACGACAAUCAGCCUCAUUGGAACGAGUGCCGGCAAACUGUGUGAAGGCAAACAUCACACCAAUUUUGUCCCACGCCAGGGAGUCGCCCACAAGCACGGGGAAAAGAGUUGACCCCCACUUCAUUCACCAUCUUCUCUUCUAUUCUACCUGUAUUUCCUUUCCACUUCUUCAUACUGAUAAUAAAUCAAAUAUAUAGCUAUAUAAAAAGGAACAAAUGAGAGUUUGAAUCAGAGAGAGUGCAGGGAUUGUGGAGCUAGAGGAGGGCUGCUAUACCUCACUUGACAUGCUGCUUGAUCAAUAGUUGUUGUUGUUUUUAAAUAUGGCAUCCUGGUGCUGGAUUUGAACUGGUUUAAAUUAGGUAGAUUGGUCAAAACACAUCCCAAAAUCACCCUUACACUUUUAGUUACAAGCUGAUUUGCAAUACUAUACAGUAGAUGAAGUGCAAAGCCAAGGCUGAAUUUUCCUUCCUGCAGAGCACAGUAAUGUAAGAUUCAGACCAAAUAUGAUUCGGUGUCCAUCGAUUAAGAUUUCUUUUAGGUGAAAAACACUAAAAUGGCUGUAAAUGUGCCGUUUGCGCACGAGUGAGUGUGUGUAUAUACCGAUGAUGUCACUUUAAAGAGGCUUUAGCUUCGUGUUUGAGCUUCAGAACCAAGUCAGGUCAAACGAGGAGAACAUCGCUUGAUUGUAAUCUCCGAUGGAGUGGUGACAUUCCUCCCUACUGCACGCUAUAUAACAGAGGCGUUGAAACGACACGACGCUCGCAGAGCCUCCCUUUAAUCUCUCAAACGAGCAUUGAUCACGUUUCAUCUUCAAAGCUGCUCUGUCUACUGCGAUUGCCUGUUAAAAAAGGAAAACCUCAGUUGUGUCAGACUGACGUGGUCGUUUUUGAUGAGUGCGCUAACAAAUCUAUUCCCUCAAGUGUAUCUAGAUGCAUGCCAGCAUUGUUUGAAAUGUUUUAUUUACAGUCCCUCUCUCUCUAUCGGUCUCCCUCCCUGUCACAUGCAUAAACAGAUAUCAUUUGCAAGCUCUCAAUAUUUUUACCAGAUUGUCUCUGCAUUUUCAAAAAUCUGCCUUAUUUCAUGAGAUAGGUAGUACAUAAUCACAAACUGGUGAUGGCAACAAAAAAAUAAAAUAAAGCAAAUAGUAUAAGUGUGUGGCUUUGAAUGAAUUAAAUGCUAAUUAAGAUGAUGAGUGAUGCAUUUCUUUUAAACAAAUAAAACAUGUUUUUCUGUCUUUUUGUUUGGGUUUUUAUUUGGUUGUUUGGUUUUCUUGCAUAUGAUUUGUUUUGGUUGAUAAUGAUUAAAAAGUGUAUUCAAAAGGUUGAUUUACUCCUUUAAGUGGUGCCAUACUGUAUAUCAGAUGAACUUAUGCCUUCAUCCUUUGAUGUUUGCUUUGCUAUAAAACAACUAUGAAUAAAGUUAUAAAGUUGUUUCCCUGGG